UGUAAUGACAAUUGUCAUCAGGGUUAUAGGAGGGUCAUGAAGGAAGGGUGGCCAUUUUGCUGCUAUGAUUGUUUUCCUUGUCCAGAAGGGAAGAUCUCAAACAAGUCAGACAUGGAUGACUGUAUGCAAUGUCAAGAAGAUCAAUAUCCAAACCAUGGCCAGUAUUUAUGCUUUCCAAAAGAGAUAAGCUUCUUGUCUUAUGAAGAACCUUUGGGGAUCACUUUGGCCAUUUUUGCUCUUUUCUUCUCUUUCCUCACAGUUUUGGUGCUUGGAGUCUUCAUUAAGCACAAGGACACUCCCCUCAUCAAAGCUAACAACAGAAGCCUCACCUACACUCUCCUUGUCUCCCUCCUGCUCUGCUUUCUUUGUGUAUUCCUGUUCAUCGGCCAACCUGAAAAGAUAUCAUGCCUCUUUCGCCAAACUGCUUUUGGCAUCAUCUUCUCAGCAGCUGUUUCUUGUGUGCUUGCCAAAACCAUCACUGUGAUUGUUGCUUUCAUGGCUACCAAGUCUGGGUCCGGAAUGCGGAAAAGGGUGGGGAAAAGACUGGCCAUUUCUAUUAUCCUAUCCUGCUCCCUUAUUCAAACCAGUAUUUGCACUGUGUGGCUGGCAAUCUUUCCCCCAUUCCCAGACUUUGGCAUGCACUCAAUGAAUGCAGAAAUUGUUCUAGAAUGUAAUGAAGGUUCAGAUAUCAUGUUUUAUAGUGUCUUGGGCUUCAUGGGUGUCCUUGCCAUUGUCAGCUUCACUGUGGCUUUCCUUGCCAAGAAGUUACCAAACAAUUUUAAUGAAGCCAAGUUUAUUACCUUCAGUAUGCUUUUGUUUUGCAGUGUUUGGCUGUCCUUUGUUCCCACCUACCAGAGCACUCAGGGGAAAUACAUGGUGGCUGUGGAGAUCUUUUCUAUCUUAGCAUCCAGUGCUGGGUUAUUGAUUUGUAUAUUUUUCCCUAAAUGCUACAUCAUUGUGUUGAGGCCUGAGUUGAACACCAGAGGGCAGCUGAGAAGGAGAAAUGAUUAA